AAACUUAUCGAGCUUCUCAAGUGAAGCAAGCCAGUCCCAAUCUCUGGAGGUUGAGGGUUCCCAACGUGCUAUCUAUCGUUGGUGGGGAAAUAACUAGUCCAUAGAUCAUCAUAGACUGCACACAUACUAGUACUAUCAAUCAUCCACAAGAGGAGCGAGAAGCGUGAUUUUUCAGCCAUCCAUCCAGGGAGUUGAUCGAGCGGGCCAUCAAUCCUCAUGUCGCCCCAAACGGAGGAGCCCACCCCUAAAGUCCCCACGGAUCAGGUGUCCGGCCCGGACCAGGCUCAAGUGACAACGGCCGCCCCGCCCCCCCACCCCGACCCGGGCCGGGACGAGCCCGCCGCUUCCAGCCCGACUGAGCCUGACCCCGAUGCGACCCGAUGCUUCUUGGAUAUCACGAUCGGGCCGGUUAGAACGGGUCGGAUCGUGUGCCAAUUAUUCCACGACAUCGUGCCGCAGACGACUCGCAAUUUCCAGAGUCUGUGUUCCGGCGAGGCGGGCUUGUCCGGCAAAUCCGGUCGCCCGCUCCAUUAUCGCGGUUCCAUCUUUCACCGCGUCAUCAAAGGCUUCAUGUUGCAGGGCGGGGAUUUCGUGAGUCACAAUGGCUCGGGGGGUGAAUCCAUCUAUGGGAAGCCGUUUCCCGAUGAGAAUCUGGACAUCAAGCAUGAUCGUCCGUUUCUGUUGUCCAUGGCCAAUCGCGGGCCCAACACCAAUGGAUCACAAUUCUUCAUUACCACGGAGCCGGCGCCGCAUUUGGACGGGCUCCACGUGGUCUUUGGUCACGUGGUGUCGGGCCAGGAGGUCGUGCGAGAGAUCGAGGAUCUGCAGACCGACAAGCUGGACCGACCGCUCCAAGACGUCAAGAUCGCCAAUUGUGGGAUCUUGGUGCUCAAGAACCAGAAGAGGAGAAAGAAGAGUCAAUCCCGGCCUCCGAGCCAUAAAGCCGAGCGGAAGAAGAACAAGAAGAAGAACAAGAAGAUGAGAUCCGCGUCCACUGGCUCGUCGUCCUCGUCGUCGUCCUCCUCCCCCUCCUCUCCAUCAUCCAGUUCCUCCUCCGAAGACUCGACGGUCCAUGAAAAACGCCAGAAAAGGAAGAAGAAAUCAAAAAAGAAGAAAAAGAAGCGUACCAAAGGGCAAGAGGAAGAAGGUGAAGAAGUAUCCUCGGAAAAUGAGGCCACGGGUGAAGCUCAUCCUUUGGCUCAGAUUACAGAUAUCGAUCCGGAUGAGAUUCCCGUAGUGCCGGAGAACCGAUUUCUUUUCCGGGGCGAAAAGAAACGAGACGAGUUAGCCGAAUCCAGCGACAAACCCCGCCAGAGAAGAACGGACAAGCGGGAUCGACGCUCCCGAUCCAGAUCAAAUUCUCGAGAUCGUUCCCGCGGUCGAUUUCGACCCACCCGACCCCAGUCCAAUUCCGCCAAGAAAAUUAAAGGCCGGGGGCGAAUGCAUUUCAGACCCCGAGAUUGGUCUCGAUCCCGGAGCCGUACGCCGCCGCAUUGGCGGAACGAGACCCAAAAGACCAUCAGCUUGGCAGAAUUCGAGAAGAAGAAACGGGAGGAAAAAAAGCGCAAAGAAGAAAUGGAUCGAAGGGCGGAGGAGCGGCAAAAGCGGCAUGAAGAACGCGAAAAAGCCAUCCAAAAACGCAUUUUAGAAAGAGAGCUGACCCGACGCAAAGAGUCCGAGAAAAUGAAGCGCAACACAUCGGCCGAGAGCUCGAGCUCACCGAAAGAAGCGGUCAAGUCGACGGAUGUGAAGGUCAAUGCGAGUUUAGUGGACGUACGAGAUUUUGACAAACUUGACUACGAGGCCAACGAGAGUGAUCCAGAAGAAAAACGACGCCGCCCCCGCGAGACCACCAUCACAAAGCAGGUUCGUCCUGAGGAAGUUCCGGCUGCUCUCCGGGCUGAAAAAGCCUCUCCCGCUUCCACCUCUUCACCGUCGCCCCCUCGAAAAUCCAAGGGCAGCCGCAGCCGCAGUCGAAGUCGUAGUCGAAGCCGCGGUCAGAGCCGAAGCCGUAACCGUAACCACAGUCGAAGUCGAAGUCGCAGCCGCGGUCGGAGCCGAAGCCGUAGCCGUAGACGGAGAACAAGGUUUCGUGCUUUCACUGGGAUCUUACGUCUACAUAUAGAGCUUCCUCUGGUGAAAACACAAAACAUGGCGACAGAAAAAGAGUCUGGGGUGCCAGAAAUCUUGGUAACAGAAGACCAAACUGCAGACAAAGAGCCCGUGGGUAGGCCCAUCGUUAUCUACGAUGAGCCAGAGGACUCCAAAUCCGAAGCAACCAAUGUCGAGGAGAGCUCUGCAAAAUCCACGGAACAUUCCGAGUCCUCAGAAGCUGGACCAAAGGUCACAAACUUGGAAGAAAAAAUGGAUCAAAAACAUGUUGACGAAAAUGAUUACCACGACGCAACGGUCACAGUGGAGAAGGAUGAGCACCAAGCCGUUCUUUGUGAGGAGAAAGAGAAAGGACACCCGGCCGAGGGGAAGGAUAACGACGAAAACAAGGACACAACUAGCGUUCACAGUGGUCCAAGAGAAUCGGAUGAGGAUUCCAAUGAGGAGGGGAAAGAAAGAAAGAGCUCUAAAACCGACAUCUCUGAUGUGAACGAUACGAAAAGCACCGAGGAGACAAAGUCCAAAGAAGAACGCGACGCCGAUGUUGAGCACGCUGAACGGAAAGAAUCCGAGGCAAGGGUAUCACAAAAAGGAGAUGAUUCGGAUAAAGAAGACCAUACACAAGAUGACAAACUCAAGGUCAUGGAAAGAAGUGAGGCAGAUGCCAAACAAGAGGCCGUGGAGUUACCUCAACCCAAGGAUCAGGAUAAUGAGGCGCGCUCUGUUCAACAUGAGCGACAUGAUGUAAUUCCUGCAAGAGAUAACGAAAAGGAGGAUCAGAGACAGAGUGACUCAUCGUCCGAGGAGGAGGAGGAGGAGGAGAAAGAGUCAAAAGAUAAACCGGAAAGCACUAGCCUCGUGUCAGAGAAAACGGAACCCCAAGACCUACAACAGGAGCCAGCCAUGACCAUCGGAAAGAUAGUAGAGGAAAUUCGCGUUCCAGCCAGUGCUCGUCAACCUGAGAUGGCCACCUCUUCUAUAAGCAAACUUCAAAAGAUUGUCACCAAUGGAAUCACGAUCACCCAUCAAUCAUUUAACAACGAGGACGUUCCCCUAUCUCAGAAUGGGGAGGAUGUGGAUGAGGCUUCCAAGUCUGUCCGGGAAUCAAUCUCCUUGUGGCGAGAGCGCGAAAAAUCCAAAUCCAAUGAGGAAGUUUUGCGGGACUUUUCCCAAUUGGGAGAUGCGGAAGAGCAGGCCCAAGCCGCCGCCUUGAUGGCUUGGACGAAGAGUGGCAAGGCCAAGAAAAAGAAAGCCCCAACCAACACCAUGAUUGUCCGAGUCAAGAACAAGAUGCGACAAACCGUGGAUUUUGGGGACCGAAACAUUGUGAUUGAAGAGAAGAAGGCCAGCCGCUUUGAUGUAUCGUCUCCACCCGCACAACCGGCAUUCCAAGUUCGAAAGACAAGUGUUAUUCAGCCCGAGUCCGAGACCAACGUGACUUCCUCUUGGAUUGAGAAUGCCAUUAAGCAGUACGAGCACGAAAAUGAGAUCGAAUUGGUCGAGAUGAAAUUCGAGUCGUCGCCCAAAAGCCAAAAAGGAGUCUAUGAAGCCUUUGUUAAGGCGCGCAUUGGAGCUCAGGGAGAAUCCAAGGAUUACCAUUGGAUCAUCAAGAGGGCUCCCAACACAACGAGCCUACCUAAUAGCUAUGACAAAGACACCUACAUGGUAACGAAGCUUGGCUGUCGCAUGUCGGACUUCGUCAAGGCCAAGAAGCUGAAGAGGUCGUUGAGCAUCCCCUUUCGGCCAGUGAUUAUGGCUGACUCCCAAUACGCCAUAUUGGACAACCUCACAGACUAUCGCAAAUUUGAGGAUAAAACCGGAUUAGAUUUGGAGCACGUCAAGUGUGCCCUCAGAGGUCUGGCCAAGUUCCACGCCUUGAGCUACGUCUACUUCAAUCAGGGAAAUGAAGACGUCCACCAAUUUUCCGAGGAUUUGAAGAUGAUGAUUGACCGCUUUUACCAAAAGUCCGCCAAUGCCACGGACAAGCAGAUCAAGCGCGACCAACUCGACAUGGACUUUCGACGCGUUCUAUCGCUCUUGCGCACUGUCGACGAAGAAGGCGAGGCAGUGGCCAAGGAAGCCGAACAACGGUUCGGAGAUGACCUCUACAGCAUCUUUCAACGAGCUCAUCUCUCGAGCAAUCAGUUUUCGGUGCUUUGCCAUGGUAACCCGGUGGCAAGCAACAUGUAUUUCCGAUACAGCGAGCAACACAAUCCAGUGGAUGUCAAAUUCGUUGGCUUCGAACACGCCGUCUACGGCCAAGUGGGCCUGGAUCUUCAGCUCUUCUUGAACACUGCCUUGGGUCCCAAGAUUGACGAUCAAGCUGAAUUUCUUUUGCGCUUUAUUUAUUAUGAGAAUUUGGCGGGAACUUUGAAACUGUUAGGGGCCGAUCCCAACGUGCUUAGCUUUGAUGACCUGUUCAAGGAGUUCAAGAAGCUCCAUACCUAUGGCUGCUUGGCGGGGUCCAUGGAUUUGGCCCGGCAAUCCCCUUCGUCGGGCUCAUCGUUUGCCUCUAGCGGUAGAAAUCCAGAGACCAAUAGGGAUGGUCAUCGCGGAUUCGAGAGCAAGAUUUUAGGGUGGAUGGGUUCGGUUCCUCAGGUCGUUUACAAGGCCUCAGAACCGGCUUUGAGACUCAAAGAGUUGAUGAUUAAGGCUCUCCAUAAGUAAAUUACUGUAAAUCCACAUUGUUUCGAGAUACCUUGAUGGGUUCGUGGUAGCCUGGCCAAUCAAGCUUGGUAGGCGCCACAUAUCUGUCUCCAUGGUUACUUUAUUACACUUGCCUUGGCGUUUCUGAUUUUCUUUCUUUGCAUCCAAUCAAAAAAAAUAAAUUAAUGCAAAGUUCGA